AUGGCGACGACGAUGGGAAACUGGUACAUCGGGAUCAUCGUUGGUGCAAUCGCCGCCAUCGCCCUCGUUGUAGCGUUCCAGACUUCGCAGAUGUCUCAUCCUGUAGAGAGAGAGGCUCUCCUUUCUCAUUCUCCUUCCAAGAGCCUCAAGAGCAUUCAUGCUCACCGCCAGCACAGCACUGCACGAGCUCACAAGACGCUCGCAACAAUCGACCCAGCGCACAAGGCGAGCAUGAGCAACGUCAGGAAGGCAGAGAGUGCGGCUGCAGCAGCGCAGAAACUUGCCGAGGAGGCGGAGGAGAGCAGCGAGACUGAGGGGGCGAGCAAGAGCGACAGCGGAGAAGAGGAAGGAGAGGAGGAGAACGAGUCCGAGGAGUCCUCGAAGCCUUGUCCCGGCUCUCCCUGUGUCUCGGUGACCAAGGACCUGGGCAACUACGUUCUCUCCGGCACUCUGCAUGUGACCCUGAGCCCUGAGGAAGCAGAGCUGGUGAUGGCAAGGGAGCAGCAGACUGCAGACAGCAUCUCGAAGGUUGAGCAGCUACUCCCAGAGGUGACGGGGCUGGCGAAGCAGCUAGAGAACACCAAGGAGGACUAUCAGAGUGAGAAGGACACAGUCGAAGACCUUGAGAGACAGCACGAGGACUUGAAGAGGAUGGCCCGCCAGGUCCCCGCGGGUACAGGGGGAAACCAGCUUAUGGCGUCGCAGGGGGUGACCGGUCCCAUUGGCGUGCGAGGACCCCGAGGCCCGAUGGGUCCCGCUGGAUCCCCAGGUCUCAACGGCUCGGACGGGAAGGACGGUCUUCCAGGACGCCCUGGGCUGGAUGGGCCCAAGGGACCGCCAGGCUACCCGGGCCCCCGAGGACGCACUGGAGCGCCUGGUGAUGCAGGAGCUGCGGGCAAGGACGGGGUACCAGGGAAGGAAGGAGCGGAGGGGAAGGCUGGGCCACAGGUGGGUCUGCUGCUGGGCUUCUCCUAA